AUGGGAGGAGGAAGAAAAUAUCUCGAUGAAAUACAGCAAAAAGUGAAGGAAUCUUUGGAGAAGAGCUUGAAAAUCGACGACCGGGUUCGAAUGAAAACUGUGAAGGAAGAAACAAGUCAAACGGUAGGUUUUUUAAAUUGGGAAAAUUGAAAAAUAUCGAAAUGUCAAAAACUCGAGAAAAUUUAAAAAUGGUAA